AAAUAAAAAUGCAUUCCAUCAUUUUAUUUUUGGCAUUUUUGUUUGGUGUUAGUUGUGCAAGUUAUAAUGAUAGUUUUAACGAAGAAUUACUUAUCAAGCCUUUAGCUUCUGGCCAUGUGUAUUCUUAUUUUCAGUUCACUACGAUUUGGUCAAAGGAUUCGGGCACUUUUGAACAUUGUCAUUUGUUUCCUCGAGGUCUUGGUGAAAUUGUAGCCCGUUUUAAAGUAGUAGAAUUACACAUAUCAUUGACUGAAGGAUUGUGGCGUUAUAAUAACUGGGGAUAUCCUGUUGAACAUGCUUCACCUGGAGCUGAGCUCUGGGCUUGGUUUGAACCUGAAACUAAAAAUAUUGAUAAAAACUGGAAAGAAUUAGCAAGUUCCUUAUCAGGUUUGCUAUGUGCUUCAUUAAACUUCAUUGAUGAGUCAAAAUCUUUAAAACCUGAAUAUAGUUUUCGACCAACUGGAAUUUUGAAUGAUAAGAUAAAUUCUAGUUUAUUACGCUAUGCUAGUUUACCACGUGAAAUAGUAUGUACAGAAAACUUAACACCAUGGAAAAAAUUGUUGCCCUGUGAUUCUAAGCGAGGCUUAGCCACACUACUUAAUUCUGCAAAUAUACAUAAUACCAAUUACCACUCCUUGGGAAUACAUCUCAGACCAAUUUGUAAAAACGAAAAAUGUUUAGAAAAACAAAUUGAACUGAAGCAAACUGUGUCUCUCGUUCAUGAUCCUUUAAUAUUAAAGAGUCGUGAUUGGUCAUUUAGAGUAUUGUUCGGUAUGGGUUUAAGUGGACCUUGUCCUUUAGCUGAUUCUAGUGCGAUUUAUAUUGAUACCACGCAUAAUGAUACAAGAGAAUUUUUACUAAAUCCUCAACCAACAAAAAAAUUUAUUUCUAAACGUGGUGGACACAUUGCACAUAUAUCUAUGUAUGAUAUAAAAAAUAUGAAUUUCAAUGGAAUGUUCAAUAUAGCUGGUAUAUAUAGCAAACCCCAAAUUUUAUCACCAAAAAUUUCUCCACCAAUUCAUGCAACCAGAUACAUUAUUGGAUAUGGUCAAGAAUAUGGUGGUGUGGUGACUGAAAUAUAUAACAACCAUUUUUCGGAUUUAAAUGUUAUUUUCUUGGAGAAUAUUCCCUGGUUUGUUCCCAUGUAUUUACAUACCUUAAAAAUUAAAUGUAAUGGCAUGGAACUAAAGCCAAAAGCUCUAAAAUAUGUGCCUGGAAAAGAACGCAAAAGACCAUAUUAUUUAGAGUUUCUUUUAACUAUACCAAAAAAGUCUGUAGCAGAGAUAUCCUUUGACUUUGAUUACGUUUUUUUAAAAUGGCAAGAAUAUCCACCUGAUGCCAAUCAUGGAUUUUAUGUUGGUUCUGCAAUUAUAACAUCAUUGCUACCUAGUGCUAAAAAUUUUACUGCUAUUCCUCAAGAUGGUUCAUUAAUUUCAUCAAGUUUUAAUGCAUCUAGAUCAGGCUAUUUGGUACAACUAAGAACUGAAUCAUUUAUAAUAACAUUACCUACACCAGAUUUUUCCAUGCCAUAUAAUGUAAUAUGCCUGUCUUGCACUGUGGUGGCCUUAGCAUUUGGACCUCUUUAUAAUAUUACAACAAAACAAUUAGUACUACGAUCUACUGCUUCGAGAGGGGGAAUUAUAAAAUAUUUUAAAAAUAAAUUAGGUUGUUUUAAGAAAGAUAAGUCUGGAGAUGAGGUAAGUGAACAACAAAGUGAACAUGAGCAUGCUGAAUGACCUUACAUUGUGAUUUUAAAACUACAAAUUCAUCCUACAAUGCGUUUUUUACUAUCUUC